UUUCACCCCAAAACCCUAGCAGCCGAACCGUAACCUCUCCGCGCUUCUCUCUAGCCAUCGAAAUCUGCAGCGGCAGCAGCCAUGACGUUCAAGCGCAGGAACGGAGGUCGUAACAAGCACGGCCGCGGCCAUGUGAAGUUCAUCCGCUGCUCCAACUGCGGCAAAUGCUGCCCUAAGGACAAGGCAAUCAAGAGGUUCCUUGUGAGGAACAUUGUCGAGCAAGCUGCAGUUAGGGAUGUUCAGGAGGCUUGCGUCUAUGACGGAUAUGUUCUCCCGAAGCUGUAUGUCAAGAUGCAAUACUGUGUUUCCUGUGCCAUUCACUCCCGUGUUGUGAGGGUGCGCUCCCGCACUGAGCGUAGGAAGCGUGACCCACCACAACGCUUCCAGAGGCGCAAGGAUGAAGCUAAGCCUGGUCAAGGUGGUCCAGGUGGUCCUGGAGCUCGCCCUGCUGGUCCGCCAGUUGCUGCUCGCACUUGAAAGAUGGAAAUCAUAUCCAUGAUUUUCUGUUUUAUGAAUUGCCUUAAUGUCAGGGAACUUGCGUAUGGAUUCAUGUGUAGGCUUUUUUUGUUGUCGACUUUAGCCAUGUUACGGUUCAACAUUAAGCCCUUGAAAGUUUGAUAAGUGGGGCUGCGGUUUGAGAUACUCAGUUUGGAUUCUAUGGAAUUGGAUCGUUGUUGUUGCUCUUUGAUUUUGCUAUGCCUGCCUACUCUAUCUGAAAACACCACAUCGCCUAGUCAUUAUAUAGUUCUUCAGGUGGUGUUUGCUCUUAGAACCAAGAACUAUUGUUAGUUCAUUGCAAGCUAACUAGGUUAUGAUGCUUUGCUGCUCUGAAAUGUUUGUCCUGACAACUUAGUUUUGCUCCUUGUCCAAGUAAUAUGGGAUUAAAUUCCUGUAGUUCCCUUAGCUAUGUUGUUUUUUCGUCUACGAUGUAAUAAUUUCCUACUGGGAAUGGCGUUGUCAGGUGAUUCUAUUUUUCUGGCUUUUAAAAUCAUUAAAAACUUAUAAGACACCCCGGAAUAAUCAGAAUUGCGAUAG